CCUCCUAGGCCUCUGGGCACGGCCUCCCACCCGCCUGGAGGCGGGAGCCUGGAUCCCCAGCUCGCCUCUGCAGGAGGUGUGCGAGCCAGAGGCGGAACUUGAGGCUUCAGAACUAAAGGCAGCAGCACCUCGCUUCCCAGCCGGAAGGCCUGCCGGCGCACCGCCCCGGGCCGGAAGCCACCUCGCCGCCGCUUCUUUACGCCAGGGCGUGGUGCGGAGCCUGUCUCGCCCAAUGGGCGGUUGAAGCCCGCGGCGCUAUGGCUCACGUUGGCUCUCGCAAGCGCUCGAAGAGUCGCAGCCGGUCCCGGGGACGAGGGUCGGAGAAGAGAAGGAAGAAGAGCAGUAAGGACGCCUCGAGGAGCUGCUCGGCCUCUGGAUCCCAAGGUCGCAAGACCAGCAGUACCUCCGGGGCAGAGGAGAGAAGCAAGCACAAGGCCCGGAGGAGACCACGAUCCAGCUCCUCCUCCUCUUCUUCCAGUUCUUCUAGCUCUUCUUCCUCCUCGUCCUCCUCCACUUCCUCCAGUGAUGGCCGGAAGAAGCGGGGGAAGCACAAGGACAAGAAGAGGAAGAAGAAAAAGAAAAGGAAAAAGAAACUGAGGAAGAAAAGCAAGGAGAAGGCAGAAGUGCAGCAGGCGGAGGCUCUACCGGGCCCCUCCCUUGACCAGUGGCACAGAUCAGCUGGCGAGGAGGAGGAUGGCCCAGUCCUGACAGAUGAGCAGAAGUCCCGCAUCCAAGCUAUGAAGCCCAUGACCAAGGAGGAGUGGGAUGCCCGGCAGAGCAUCAUCCGCAAGGUGGUGGACCCCGAGACGGGCCGCACCAGGCUCAUUAAGGGAGACGGUGAGAUCUUGGAGGAAAUCGUAACCAAAGAACGACACAGAGAGAUCAAUAAGCAAGCCACCCGAGGGGACGGCUUGGCCUUCCAGAUGCGAGCCGGCCUGCUGCCCUGAGGCCCCAGCUGGUCAAGGUCCGUGGACAGUGCAGGUGGCCUGGAGGCUGCAGGGUGGACGGCAGCAGCCUGAUCGGUGCCAUUGCCUUUUCUGCUAUGCCACUCCUGCUGCCUGUCAGGUGCACAGGGUGGAGGAUGGUCCCUGGCCUACCUACUCAGCACCCUCAUCUGGAAGAGCACAGCUUCCCACAUAGUAAAUGUGCCCUGGUAGACUU